AUGUCAAUCCCAUCCGAAGAAGAGAACGCAAGGAAGCUCAGGCAAGAAUUAGUCAACAUUACGAAUUUAUUCCCGAAAGAACACAUCAAUCCAUUCGAUCCAGUCGUAUUAUACGAUUACGUCGAGAGAAAUGUCCCUCAGAAUUUACUACAUUCCUGCUAUCUCUCAAUCGCGAGUAUGAUACAAAAUUUACCAAACUGUGUAGAGCCAGCCUUGAAUCAUAUCCUCGAUUUCUUAUUCUACUACAGAAGCUAUGCCUCCAAAGGUAACUUUGAUGCCAUAGAAGAGGCUACUUUGCUCUCAAUCCAAGACACAGAUUAUCCAUCUGUCGCUUUACCCAAUUUAUUAGGUAUAUUGUACAAAGAUUACAACUUCUUAGAUUACGUACACCUCCAAAGCAUGCCAUUACCAUCAUUACGUGAUCUAAAAAGCCUUGAUUUGGUUGAUGACUUACAAUCAAAGCUCCAGAGAGUUCAGGAAGAACUGACAAUCUCUAGAAAGUGCUCAGACAAGAUAUCCAUUGACAAUGCACACAUGCAGAAGAUAAAAGAAGAAGAAAUUAAGCAUCUCAAAGAAUUAUUGAACGAAUCGAACAAGAAAGUUGAUGACAAGAUCAAGGAAAUGGACAGACUCAAGGCUAAAAUAGGAGAACAGAUCCAAGUUAAAGAGAAAAGCAUCCAAGAAUUAGAAAUCAAAUUAUCAAUGGCCACAAAUGAUCUAAAAAAGCUCAAAGAGGCCAAACCAAAUGCUGCAGAAGACUUAGAUGAUGAUAAAGAGAUCCAGAGACUCCAAUCCGUCCUUGAAGAGAAAGAAAAAGCAAUUGAACAACUGAAACAAGUCAAACCUGUUGUUACGACAGUUGUAGAUACAAAAGAAAUCGAUAACCUCAAGAUCUUGUUGCAGCAAUCGAACUUGGAGAACGAAAAAAUGAAGAAUUCUUUGGUCGAAUACCAAAACCAGAUAGAAGUCUUCAAGAACGCUCUACCGAACGCUGCAGAGGAUAUGGAAGACGAUGCAGAGAUCACAAGACUCAAAGAAGUUAUCGACAGACAAGAAAAAGAACUUUCAGUAUUAAGAGUCGCGAAACCAAAUGCUGCUGAAGAUUUGGAGGACGACAAGGAAAUCCAGCGCUUGAAGAAGCUUCUCCAGCAAAAGGAUGAAGAAAUCCUUAACGCAAAGGCUGAAGUUGCAAAAUUACAAUUAAAUUCAAAGUCCUCUCAAAAUUCUGAAGUCCCUCAAAAUUCAGAACCUAAACAAAAUUCAGAGACCUCUCAAAACAACACUUCUCAAAAUUCAGAGGCCUCUCAAAAUUCAGAGAGUCCAUCACCUCCACCACCAGUUGCUCCACCUCCUCCACCGAUGGCACCUCCGCCACCACCUGUAGCACCUCCACCACCAGGAAUUGGUCUUCCUCCACCUCCACCGCCUGCAUUUGGAAUUCCUCCACCUCCUCCAGGCGUAGGUGUUCCUCCACCACCACCCGGCAGCUUGCUUGCCAAGAAGAAGAAGAAUACCGCACCACCGAUGAAGAUGAAAGGAUUCUUCUGGCAGAAACUUAACGAAAACCAGAUCAAAGGCAGCAAGUGGUCAGAAAUGGAGGAAGUCGAUAUCGACACACAAUCUCUCAUGGACCAGUUCCCUGUCAAAUCCAAAGAAUCAUUCUCUUCGUUUGAUUUAAGUUGA